CGCGGGGAGCCGUGUCGAGCGCGAGCGGCGUCCACCUCCGCCGCCUCCUCCUCCUCCUCUCCUUCCCUCCCGAAUUUCUCGGCGGCCACGCGAUUUCUGCGCCCUUCCUCCUCCUGCCUCCCACCCUUCACGACGAUCCGCCCCUCGCGACCUCGUCUCCUCCUCCUCCUUCCGAUGGGCGCGGAGCAAGCUCCAGAGCAGUUGUCUCCGACGGCGGCGGCGCCGCCGCCGCCGCGCGUGGCGGCGGAGGAGCGACAGAUGGGCUUCGCCGAGCGGGCCGUAGCGGCUGCCGGCGCCUCCGUCGUCUCCGCCGUCCUCGUCAACCCGCUUGACGUCGCGAAGACAAGGUUACAGGCACAGGCUGCCGGAGUUGUCUAUAAUCCGAUAUGGUCAGAUUUUAGGUGCUAUCCGUGGUGCACCCCUGGAAUGAAUGAUUUAGGUCCAUCCUGCAGUUCUGAAUGCCUACAAUACAGAGGGACAAUGGAUGUGUUUUAUAAGGUCACUAAACAGGAAGGAAUUGUUAGACUAUGGAGAGGUACUGGUGCAAGCCUAGCAUUGGCAGUGCCAACGGUUGGGAUAUAUCUGCCCUCUUAUGAUCUAUUGCGCAAUUGGAUUGAAGAAUAUUCAGAUCAUAGUUUUCCUAAACUGAGACCAUAUGCUCCUCUUAUUGCUGGUUCUGUUGCCCGAUCAUUGGCAUGCAUAACUUGUUCCCCUAUUGAGUUGGCAAGAACACGUAUGCAGGCCUUUAAAGAAUCAAAUGUUGGAGGGAAACCCCCUGGAAUGCGGAAGACUUUGCUUGGUGUGCUUUCAUUGAGACAGAGCAUCAAUCACCCUGAAAAUUUUCGGCCAUACCACCUUCUAUGGACUGGUCUUGGAGCACAACUUGCACGUGACGUCCCCUUCUCAGCUAUAUGCUGGACUGUUCUUGAACCAACUAGAAGACACCUGAUAGGAAUGAUUGGUGAGCAAAGCAAUGCAGCAGUUAUAUUGGGGGCAAACUUCUCCGCCGGCUUCAUUGCUGGAGUAAUAUCUGCUGGUGCUACCUGUCCUCUCGAUGUCGCCAAAACGCGGAGACAAAUAGAGAAGGAUCCAGCUAGGGUAUUACACAUGAACACAAGGCGCAUACUGCAUGAAGUAUGGAGUAAGGAAGGCAUCAACGGGAUAUUCAGAGGUGCAGGUCCUCGUAUGGCACGGGCAGGGCCUUCAGUGGGUAUCGUCGUCUCUUCGUACGAAGUUGUGAAGCACAUCAUGCACAGGAAACACGCAGAGCCAUGACCUUACAAACUCAUCAGACGUAGAAUGCAACUGCAGCUGAGGCUGUUGCCUUUUUCUUUUCUUCCUAACCUACACGGACUAGAUCUUUGUGAAAGCCGGCUUAUCUAUGUGCUUACCUACCUUAUCAGGAAGGCGAGCGUGAGGCUGAAUGUCUGUCUGUUCUAAUAAAAAAGGCAGAAUGCCGGAAUGCCCUGAACUUUUUUUUUUCCCCUGAAAGGCCAUGUCAAUUUAUUGGUGUUACAUUAACGAAGAGAAAACAAGGCCAAACCAUACAGUGCUCGGCCUGUGCUUUUGAUG